UAAUAAACUCUCACUGGUUAUUUAACUCAUUUAUUUCAAAACAACACAAUUAUAAACAUAUUUUGUGCGACGAAUGCCUGGUAUUGAUAGGAGUCGAGUGGUCGGUGUAUCCGAUGAGGAAUUGGAUCAAUUCAUAUGUGGUAUAUGUCUGGAGGUGUUCGUCAACCCAGUGGUCACCCAAUGCUGUCAACAAUCCUAUUGCAGUGAAUGUAUUCAAUGGUGGCUCUCAGACCACAAUACCUGUCCUAAUGAUCGGACACAAUUGGGUCGAGAAGGGAUAGGUCCGGCGCCAAGAUUUGUCAUUAAUUUACUGAAUAAUAUGAAAGUAAAGUGCGAUUUCUAUGUAAAUGGUUGUCAAUCAGUGGUCAAAUUGAGUGAAUUGGCACAACACGUAAGGGAUUGCGAUUACGAUGAGAGCCGAAGGUGUAGGACCUGUCACUUCACUAUUGAUAGCGACUGUCAACACAACUGUGUCGACAAUCUAUUGGUUAUGAAUCAAAGUCUUAGGGAUGAGAACGAGAGACUCAAAGCCGAGAAUAAAUUAUUGAGUAUGAGUGGUGUCAUUGAAUCGACUCGAAGUGGUCUGGGUAAUUGUGUUAUGACGCGACAAAUGGCAAUGUCAUCACCGGAACUGAUACCACAAGAGGCUAGACCUUCCCGAUGCCCAUAUCCCGGAUGGAUUGUUUAGCUAUCUGUCCACCUCCCAGCCCUCCACCUCCUAUGAGUGUGCCUUACUAUAAGAAUUUAGCAUUGUGCGGGAACUAUUUAUUAAUCCCAACUACUUAUUAAAUUCAUACGUACGUG